CUUGCUUCAAUGGAACCUCUCUCUACCUGGAAGAAGUUCAUUCCAAACUAUAAAUGUGAUAGUAGAAGCAAUGCAGCUGCAGUCAUUGGAGGACCCGACUCAAAUGUCUGCUGCCAUAUGGCCACCAUUCUAGGUAUCUACAAGGUUCCACAGCUUAUGUAUGGUUCUUCUCCAGCAAUGGAUAAUAAACAUGAAGAAGUUUUUGCUCAACAAAUGUUUCCAAACUGGAUCCAUCAAUACAAUGGAAUUCUUCACUUACUUCUAUAUUUCAGGUGGACAUGGAUAGGGGUGAUUUAUGUCGAAGAUGAGAAUGGAGAAAGGUUUGUGCAGAAAGUCCUUCCCUUUUUUUCUCAGAAUGGCAUUUGCUUUGAUUUCAUUCAAAACUUACCCAAACACAGUUUUUCUAGUAACACCUUUAAUCUUGUAGAAAAGGGGGUUGAAACAUAUAAGAUAACUGAGCGAAGCAGUUACAACAUCUUAUUCACACAUGGAGAACUACAGACAAUGUUAGUUUUCAGAGUACUCAUUGCACUUUCAGAAUAUGAUGGAUCAAAUAAGCCUGAGAGUAAAGUUUGGAUCUUGACGGCCCAGAUGGAUUUCACAUCCCUCCCUUUUCAGAGGAAUACAGAUAUAGACUUUCUUCAUGGUGCUCUCGCUUUGGCAAUUCACUCUGAGGAGAUAUCGGGAUUCCAAACAUUUCUUCAGACCAGAAAACCUAGCUCAGAAAAAGAAGAUGGCUUUCUCCAGCUAUUUUGGGAAAGUGUAUUUGGAUGCUCCUUGUCUAACCCAAACUCAAAUGACAGACCUGAGAUGACCUGCACUGGAGAGGAGAAACUGAACACGCUCUCUGAGUCUGUUUUUGAGAUGAGGAUGACUGCGCAUAGCUAUAGUAUUUACAAUGCUGUCCAUACUGUGGCACAUGCCCUGCACUUAAUACAUGUGAUGAAUUCCAAACAACACACAUUGCCAAAAGACCAGAAGCUUCUCAAUCAACAUUUAUGGCAGUCAUGCCCUGUUUCAAUAUGCAAUGACAACUGCUUUAAAGGACUUAGUAAGAGAAAAAGGGAAGCGCUGCCAUUUUGCUGCUAUGACUGCUUUCCUUGUCCAAAAGGGAAGGUUUCAAAUCAGGAGGACAUGGAUGAUUGCAUUCAGUGCCCAGAAGGUCAAUUUCCAAAUCAUGGACAGGAUGGAUGUCUUCUGAAAAAAAUUAUCUAUGUGUCACACAAAGAAUCUUUAGGGAUUAAUUUGACCAUUCUUAUACUCUCAUUUGUUUUAAUCACAGCAUUGGUGCUUGGAAUUUUCAUAAAGUACCAAGAUACUCCCAUUGUCAAAGCCAACAACAGAAAUCUCACUUAUACUCUCCUUGUUUCUCUCUUGCUCUCUUUUCUUUGUGGUUUACUGUUCAUUGGCCAGCCUGAGAAGGUGACCUGUCUCCUUCGACAGACUGCUUUUGGGAUCAUCUUCUCAGUGGCUGUUUCUUGCAUGUUGGCCACAACCAUCACUGUGGCCCUUGCUUUCAUGGCCACCAAACCAGGAUCAAAGAUGAGGACAUGGGUUGGGAAAAGACUGUCUCUUUUCAUUAUCCUUUCCGGUUUUCUUAUUCAAAGUACUUUUUGUAUGGCAUGGCUUGGAAUUUCUCCUCCCUUCCCAGGCUUUGAUAUGUGGUCUAUAAAUAGUGAAAUAAUUAUAGAAUGUAAUGAAGGUUCAGUUGCAACGUUUUAUUCUGUUUUAGGUUUUAUGGGCUUCCUGGCCUUUAUUAGUUUUAUUGCAGCUUUCCUAGCCAGGAAGUUACCGGACACUUUCCAGGAAACCAAGUCGAUUACUUUCAGCAUGUUGGUGUUUUGCAGUGUCUGGUUGUCUUUUGUUCCUGCCUACAUAAGCAUCAAAGGAAAAUACACAAUAGCUGUGGAGAUCUUUGCCAUCUUGGCCUCUAGUGCUGGGCUUCUGGCUUUUAUCUUUUCCCCCAAAUGUUACAUUAUUAUAAUUAGACCAGAUCUUAAUAAAAGGGAACAAUUAACAAAAAGAGUGAAUUAA